AUCUGCUGCGGGUCAGUAAUCAGUGUAGGGGCUUUUGUUGGUAUAGGCAGUGAUCUCCUUGACCUUCAGUGGAGGGGAAAGUAUAAAAACCAAAGCAGUUUGCUUGGGCAACUCUUUGAGCCCCCGUUGAAUUUCUUCAUUUCUGAGAAAAACGCUUUUUGGGGAAAUUUUGUGGCAAAAUGGCAACUUUAAAUGAAAAGAAGACCUGCAGUGAACGGAUGGAAAAUUUCCGCCGUUUUGUCUGGAAUCCAGAAACGAAGCUGUUUAUGGGAAGGACCUUGAUUAACUGGGUGUGGAUCAGCCUGUACUACCUGGCCUUCUACGUGGUGAUGACCGGGAUCUUUGCCCUCUCCAUAUACUCUCUAAUGAGGACGGUGAAUCCCUACGAGCCAGAUUACCAAGACCAGCUCAAGUCCCCAGGUGUAACGUUACGACCAGAUGUGUAUGGACACAGAGGGCUGCAAAUCUACUACAAUGCAUCUGACAACAAGACCUGGGAGGGGCUGGUGACAAUGCUCCAGACGUUUCUGACAGCAUAUAGCCCAGCUGCUCAGCAUCUGAACAUCAACUGCACAAGCAACACAUACUUCAUCCAGAACACCUUUGAUGGUCCAAAUAACACAAAACUGUCCUGCAAGUUUACAUCAGAUAUGCUUCAAAACUGCUCUGGCAUCACAGAUCCCACUUUUGGAUUUCCAGAAGGAAAACCUUGCUUUAUUGUAAAGAUGAACAGGAUUAUCAAAUUUUAUCCUGGCAACGGCACCGCACCAAGAGUGGACUGCACCUAUGUAGGUGAUGAGUCCCGCCCACUGGAGGUAGAAUACUACCCGGUGAAUGGCACCUUCAACCUGCACUACUUCCCCUACUAUGGAAAGAAGGCACAGCCCACUUACAGUAAUCCUUUGGUAGCAGUGAAAUUUCUCAACAUUACAAAGAAUGUAGAAGUCAAGAUAGUGUGCAAAAUCAUUGGAGCCGGGAUUACCUUUGAUAACGUUCAUGACCCCUAUGAAGGCAAAGUAGAAUUUAAAUUGAAAAUAGAGGACUGAGGAGCGAGAGACACUUCUGAAAAGCGUAUGUGAAGAAUGACUUACCUGUUGUCACAUUGACUGAUAUUUAUUUUCUAUGAUUGCCAUAUGAAUGUACUCAAAUUACAGUGAGAGUAGACAUUUUCUACUGAGAGGUAACCCAUAUAACUAAAAACCAGUACAUCACUCAGCGUGCGAAGGAGAUGGGAAUUAUCCCCACUGUACACAGCCUAGUGUUCCGUGGCUACACUGUGCUUAAACCUCUAUGCAAAUCCUUGUACAAAACAUGUCUUCUAACCCAAGCAGGUGUGCUUUCCAAGAAAAGGAAGCAUGGGAUCAAAGCAUUGUUUUUCGUCAUUUUUCAAACUCUAAUACAUAAUUGAUGUAUAAUACUGAAUAUUGGAUAUUGUAGAAGCAGUAGCUAGAAAAAUAAGUAGCUUGAUAUACUCUGAGAUAAUACCCUUCUCAAUCUGCCUUGUACAGGAUGUUUAAAUUGUAAAGGGACAGUCUUUGUUUAUCUGCAUGCCAAUGCAUUGCUUUGUGUAUCAGCCAACUGAGUGACUUCAGUUGACAGAUCAAUAACUGCAAGAGAAGAACUUUAAAGCGGCCUGUAGCUUUUCUAAUACCUAGCACCUGUGAUUUCUUUCUAACAAUAAAAACACUUUUUUGGUUGGUUGGUUGGUUGGUUGGUUGGUUGGUUGUGGGGGUUUUUUGUUUUGUUCUUCCCCCCAAAAAAGAACUGCCAUAUAAAGCAAUGAGUUGUGGGUUACCUGGAAUAAUCUGGAAAAAUGAAAACGUUAAGCUAAAACAUUAAAUGAAUCUAAACUUUGAGAGGUCCAGCCCUCCCACAAACAUGCUGUGUCUGUACAGUAUGUUCAUCUUAGAUGAACUGGCCUCACUUAACAAUGUUCUAAGUACUCCUACUCCAACUCUCUAAUUCCUUUUAUAUGUAUAUAUACACAUACAUAUACGCACACAAGUACACAUACACACAUAUAAAAAAUGCACGUACAUUCAGUCACAGUAUUAGAGACAAUUGGUUCACCAACCAGUACAAAUGAAAAAAGCCUGUCAGACUUCACGAACUUUUCUUUGACCAACACAAUGAAGCAGUGCAUUUCACAACUAAAUACCAUAUAAGAAAAACAGAUUCCUUUAGUUAGAGUUUAACUGGAUGCAGACUACUGAGACACUAGAAAGAAAAGGCAGCUGGGCCAUGUCCUCAGAGCAGAGGGAUGGGCCAUCCUUUUUCCUAUCAGCUGUGCAACGGAGACACCAGACAGGGAAAAAGGCAGAUAAUAACAUGACAUGAAACUAGUGUUAACCAACUGCAUUAUUUUAUCUAUAUCCAAUUUUUUUUUUUAAAUCCAUUAACUUUUAGUUUCCAGACUUUUCUCUCAAAGGUAUUAAAUCUCAUGAACCAUGAAGGUUAGAAAAGAUCUUUCAGAUCACAGAAUCACAGAAACAACAAGGUUGGAAAAGACCUAUAAGAUCAUCCAGUCCAACCAUCCACCUAUCACACCUAUCAACACAACAUCCAAACGUUCCUUGAACACCUCCAGGAACAGCGAUGGCACCAGCUCCCUGGGAAGCCUAAGCCACUGCGUCACCACUCCUUCUGAGAAGAUAUUUUUCCUAAUAUCCAACCAGAACCUCCUCUGAAGAUGAGAUGCAUCUUCCCGCAGCAUCCAUUGACAAACAUUUGUAUAACUGCCAAUCCCGUAGUUGAAGCAUUAAGUCUAAUACUAAAAGUCACACUCAAAUAUUAACAGGGAAGAAAAAUAUCAAUACAAGCUCUUCAAUGCUUAAAGGAGGCUCCUUGCUAUGACUAUCAGCAAAUUAAAACAUUUGCCUUCCAGCUUUCACAGCUGCUAAGUACUGUAUAUAAAGUCUUUGCUUAAUGGUUUCACACAAGGACCACAGUGUCACAGCAGUUGCCCUUGGGAAUUCCACCUCAUCAUUUUAUGCAACUGUUUUUCAUCUCUUUCAAGUAAUAAAAGACUGAUACUGACCAACCUGCAGCAAAUAAAGGUA